AUGAAGCCAACUACUGCUAUCAUAGACCCAGAGCCGGUCCAGAGCUUGCAUCUAAUGUCAAGGAAGCGGACCAUUCAUCAGGCCCAGGUAAGUCCCCUUCAAUAAAUAUUUUUGCAACAUUUUGCCAACAGGGUCUUCUAAUGUGAGCAUUAUGCAAGGAAGAUAUUGUUGCUGUUUAAGGAUCACUGAACUGGCUCUUAUCUUGCAGUACUUGCGGCAACUGGAAGUUAGAAUCCAAACAGGAGUAAUGGGGGUCUGUGUUUGAAACCUCAAUGGAUACCUUCUGUGCAAGAUUCGCACUAAAUUGGGCACAAAUCAAAUCAAAUUUUUCUGGACUGUCUGUAAAAGUUCCCUGAGGUCUGCCACUCCUCUCUUACUCGCCUGUUUGUCAGUUGGCGGACAUCUUCAGUGACCUGUGUUGACUAGCUGUAGAGGAUUCUUAGACUGCUGUAUCACUAGGACUAGCAGGACAUCCUCGGCAGAGGGUACAGGCAUAACCCCCACUGGUCCAAAGGAGGGGAAUGGGGACACAAGAAUAGCCUCAAAAACAGUUAACGUAUCAGGUGGGAGAUCUGCCGCUUCCCACACCAAACAGGUCACUCCGGCCUCAACACUUGGCGGCUGAAGUACCUCAUUGGCCCGGAACAGGCAGGUGUCCGACAACAGGAUUAGAUCUCAGAUGGACUCCUAACUCCACUGGCACGCGGACACAGCAGAAAUCGCAGGUAGGGCCAAAAAUGUAGCUCUAACCUUGCUAGUGGCUGCGGAGCCCUCUAUAGCUGCGUCUGCUAUUCUGUCGGCUAUUCGUGCCACUACCUCCAGAGUGAGUAAAUAUAAUCCACUUCGUCUAUGGUAAAAUUAGACUGUCCAUACGGUGCCUGCAAGUACAGCAACAAUUUGAUUAAUAUCUGGUGUUUACUGGAUACAGUUAAAAUGUUCCUUACUGCUAAGAGAGUAAAACUGGGCUACAUUUUGUUCCUGUAUUAUUUUAGUUUUGCUGUCCUACCCCCACAAUAUUGUUGGUGAGAGCUUGCUGAUAUUGUUUUUUCCAUUGAUUUGCAUAAACUCCAAAGUAACAAUUAUUGACAGGGCAGUCUACAAACAGCAGCAUUUGGCAUUCAAUUCACAAUAUUAUCAGCACAAAACAUUCCUCUGCUGAUACUCCUGCCUGAAUCCCCAAAUCAUUCCUGUGGAUAUCCUGGUAAUGGCAAUAAUUCUACCAUAAUAAAUAAUUUAUAGAGCAGAUUGUAUUCUGAUUGGAACAAUAACUGUGUCCCCCUAAACCUUAAACCCUUCCUUCCAGGUGUAACUUGCAAUAGAAACUGCUCUCUGAUUGGUUCUCACAAACCCGGAAUCACUGUGUCACUGUCCCCUAAAUCAUGCCUUGUUACAUUGUAUCUGCUCCAUCCUAUUUGGAGAACUCUCACUGCAGCUUGGCAGUGGUAAAACUUAAUCCACACCAUGCUUGUGCCAAUGCUUUGCCCAUCACCCUCCCAUGAGUCUGCUAGAUAGGAACACCCACUGCUUGUAUUUACCCUGAAGGAAUGAACCAUCAGGCAAUUUGGGGGGGAGUAAUACUACUUACUGUCUGCCUCUGUCACCUUGGGAUCGCUGCGCAUGCGCGCUCCGUGACCGUUGUGUAAUGCCCAGUGAUGUGGCCGGUCCUGGCAGCCAAUAGGUGCAGAGUGGGCGGGGCCAUACAGUAUGGGCUCUAUGUAACUGCGCACUGUAUGGUGUAUGUAUCGCUAUAGGUUAAUGUAUGGGCUUCACACUGCCCCCCAGAGGACAGCAAUGGAAUAGCUCUCCAUAGACACUCAGUGAUGAGACUGUCAUUCAGUAAACUGGCUGCAACAAAGGCCCUGGGUUAUUACAUGGCUGCUGUCUGUAGGCAUUACAAGGCUGGGGUUCAGGACUGGUGAGUAUUAUAUGGAAAAUAAUAUUUGGGGGGUAAUAAGGGUAUAAAUACAGAAACUGUGUACACAGGAAGUGAUUAUAGUGAUUAUUCAGAACCCACACACUAAUCAUAAUGUAUGAGAAUGUUAUAAUGCUCGAUUAGUAUAAUUUAAUACUUAUAGAAUUAUGUAUAUACUAGAUUUUGGAGGAAAUAUGUAUGUGCACACAUUUUCUUUCAGUAUAAUCUUGUGUAAAUCAGCAUACAGGAAGUGCUUGUAGCACUUGAAAAGGAACCAUCACUUGUCUGAAAUGUACACAAUUUAAUAAAGAGUAGAAUAUAACUUGUAACUUGUGUUAACCAUCUUUAUGUGAUGCUUCUUCUUUUUAAAUAUAUAUUAAAGAUUUUAGCCAUUUAUAUCAUAAUUCAUGUAUGUCCUUGCAGAACUAGGGCUAUAUACACAUAUUGCUUUGAAAGAAGAGAAAUAGAUACAUUGGGGCACAGGUCAGUUACUGGGGAAAAUAUAUUUCAACCUGCCUUUAAAUAUAUAAUUUAUACACUCAUGUAUAUAUGUGUGUUCACAUACAUACAUACAGUCAUACAGACACACAUAAACACAAUCAUAACAGGCACACAUACACACUCUUAAAGACACAUAGUCAUACAGGCACACAUACACACAUUCAUACUAACGUCUUCAUGGAACACAUUUAAAAGUUUACUCAAGAACUGUGACCACUUCAGUGACUUGAAGUGGUCAUGGUGCCUGGAGUCAGUAUUUUUCAGUGUUUCACUUUAAAACGAUGCACUUACAAGUUUAACCCCCUUGCUGCUGGAGAUGUAACUACAAACACUGCACUAAAACUCUGGCUGGUUAAAGGGACACGCCAGGCAGCCCUUUUUACUCACCUCGUUGCAGUGCCGGGAGCCUCGUGAAGCCGCACUCCCUAUUUCGUCAAAAUGACGAAAUAGGCGGGCGCGAGCAGGGAGCAAUCAGACGCUUCCAUUCAUGCCGCCCUAUGAAGUCCUGAGGGCACUUUGCCUGCCCCCUCUCCUCUGCUGACAGGCAGGGGAGAGAAGGCGCGCACACAGUGCCUUCUCUCUCCUGCACACGUCAGACGUAUUUAAAUACGUCUGACGUGUACAUGGCCUUUUUAGGGCCAUACAUGAUAGGAAGUCCCUCUGGUGGCCAUCUGAGUGAUGGCUACUGGAGGUAUUCCUAUCAAUCAAUGUAAACACUGUAUUUUCUCUGAAAAUAUAGUGUUUACAUUAGAUUGCCUGCAGGGAGCUAUAGAUCUCACCUGAACAACUACAUUAAGCUGUAGUUGUUGUGGUGACUAUAGUGUCCCUUUAAUGUUAAUUCUCUGUAGAUUUCCAUAAACAGAAUCUAUUUCAAUGGCAGAGAGCAAUCAGCCAAUGAAUGAGUGACAGGAUUAGCAUCCGGCUUCUGCAGCUCUGCAGGAGCCGGAUGUUGUAAACCCUGCUUUAGAGGAGACCUGUCACCGGCCGGUAAGUUAGUGUGACAUGACCUGCUUUUCAUAAAACCAUGGCAAUUCUAUUAAUAUACAAUGUUUUAUCACAACUAACCUGUCUGCCAAGAGCCUUUGUCUUAAGGUUUCUAAAAGUUACAUGCCAGCUGCUGUACUUCUAAGAGUUUGGUACCUGAUAGGGUUCUCAUGUUCUGCUUAAAAUGUAAUGAAUUACAGUCAUAACAUGUGAAUUCAAGCCUGCAAAAAACGUUGCAUACACAGUUUCUCAAUACUUCUGCACAGGAUUAGCUUACCUGUACAUUAAUACAUACACAUGCGUUAGCCCCAGCAUUUCCCUAAGUGAUCCUGUACUCCCUAAAUCAGGGAUAGGCAAUCUUUGGCACUGCAGAUGUUGUGGACUGCAUCUCCCCAUAUGCUAUGCCAGCAUUAUGCAUUAUGGGAGAUGUAGUCCAUAACAUCUCGAGUGCUGAUGGUGCUGAGGGAGAAAUUAUUUUGUCGUUCAUAGUGUAUCCUCUUACUUAAAGGGAAACCAUAGUGCCAGGAAGUCGUGAUUUUAUAAAAACUUCAUUAAUUACCUGCUCAGGGUUAAGGGUGAUGGGACAUUGCACCCAGACCACUUCAGUGAGCUGUUAUAAUAAAAAUAAACCGUGAACUUCGAAAGUAUAUUGCCUCACAGUGUGAGUAAAUAUUGGAUUUCACACAUUGCACUGCUAGUACUUGGAAAAAGUUGUUAUAAAAAUAAAAUAAAAUAAAAAAAACCCAAAAACAAUCCUAAAAAAAAUAAAAAAUAAAUGAACAAAACUGAUUAAUUUUUUAAAAGCUAAAGUAAUUCUACAAGAAAUAAUAAAAAUGUCACUUACUAUUACACCUGUCAAUCAAUCAACCCAUCCUGUUACUUCCUGGUUGUUUAGCUUAUUGGAGCUAAACUCAAGAGGCAGUAAAUUGCCCAGAGCACCUGCCUUGAAAAGACUUCUCAUUGAGUUGCGUUGGGAAGUCUGUGAUUGAACAGCCACAGAAAGUACGGGCUUGCAAAGGCAGCAGAAACUAAUACAUGCAGCUAUUACUCAGAAUGACUAUAACAAAAACAAAUGUCAUGCAUAUUUUUUUUUUUGUCCGUAUAUCUACUAAAUUGUUAUUUAUUUAGCCAGUAAUAGCAGGGCUGCCAUAAGGGCAUGAUAACCAUGGAGGACAUUUCCUAUGUGCACAUAUAUAUAGCGAUUUUAAGCGUUUUUGCUAUAUAUAUGUGCACCUGCGCCCUGUGGGUCCCCGGCUCCUCGCAGCACACUCCAGCUUCCCUUCCGUGUGUCUACCAUGGCAACGCUCCGCACAGCAUCCACUACGCAAACACACACACACACUACAUUCCCUAUGCAAACUAUCUCCACUACACAAACACACACACUGCAUUCACUAUACACAUAACAUUCACUAAACACACACUACAUCCACUACACACACUAUUCACAUGCUACAUCCCUACACAAACACACACUCUGAUUUCACUAUACACAAACACACUGCAUACCUAUGGGUACACUCGGGGGCGGGCCCCGGGUGCCCAGAUCUUGCGCUGUGUCAGGGGCCCCAAAAUUUCUGAUGGCAGCCUUGUGUAAUAGUGUUGCUUUAAUACUUGAAGUUGCUAUAUAUGGUUGCUGCUUUUUUGUAUCUCCCAUCAGUAGAUAAAGGGACACUAUAGUCACUAACCACCUACAGCUUAAUGUAGUUGUUCUGGUUUAUAUAGCCUGUCCCUGAAGGCUCUUUAACCUGAUAACGCCAUUACAAUGUACCAUGCCGUCCUGCAUAAUAUAAGCUUAAAUGCCGUUAGGGCAGCAUGGUACGCUCUAACUAAACUUACCUACCCCCCACCAAUCCUGAUUGCUCAUGGUCUAGGGCAGUGAUGGCAAACCUGUGGCACGCGGCCAUAGGUUCGCCAUCAAUGCAGAGUAGGCACCUGCCUGCCCAAAAUGCAGGCGCCUACUCUGCUUCCGUGUCGGGAGGACAGGGGGAGGGAUCAGAGAAGCAGCUCUCCUGUCCUCCCACGAGCAAUCUGUGUGGAGCAUUGCCGCGCAUUACCAUGGCAACGCUUCGCACAGCAUCGCGCGGGAGGACAGUGGAGCUGCUCCCUACAGUACUUACCACCACCGGACCACCAGGGAUGGCUGUCCCCCUCCUUCAUCAAAGGUAAGAAGGAGGGAGGGGGUGAUACAGAUUUAAAAUACCUUUUUUUUUUUUUUACCACCUUUACCACCCCUACCCCCCCACACAAAGCACCACUACCCCCACACAGAGCACCCCUUCCCCCCCAACACACACAGCACCUCUUCCCCAACACACACAGCACCCCUACCCCCCCAACACACAGCACCCCUACCCCCAACACAUAGACAGCACCCCUACUCCCACACAUCACCCUUGCCCCUGCCCAGCACCCCUACCCGCACACAGCAGAGCACCCCUACCUCCCCACACACACACACACAGCAUCCCUCAGACACAGAGUACCCGACACACAGCACCCCACACACAGACACAUACACUGCACCCCUCAAUGCAGUAUGUGUGUGUGUAUUCAGCAGUCUGUGUGUGCGUGUAUUCAGCAGUCUGUGUGUGUGUAUGUAUUCAGCAGUCUGUGUGUGUGUAUUCAGCAAUCUAUGUGUGUGUACUCAGCAGUCUGUGUGUGUGUGUACUAAGCAGUCUGUCUUUAUGUGUAUUCAGCAGACUGUGUGUGUGUAUUCAACAGUGUGUGUGUGUGUGUGUGUGUAUUCAGCAGUGUGUGUGUAUUCAGCAGUCUGUCUGUGUAUGUAUUCAGCAGACUGUGUGUAUGUAUUCAGCAGUCUGUAUGUAUUGCAUUUGUUGGAGAUACUAAUAAAUAUAAGCUUACUUUUAUCUGUUUAUAUCAUUAUUUAAAAUUUGUAUCAUUGAACUCUCUGUUGUUGUGUUCUUCUUUUAAAACAAAAGUUGUUAAUUAGUUCAGACAAGUGUAUGAGUUUUUUUUUUCUAAACUUAUACCUCAGUAAUCAGGUUUAAUUACUGUGUUGGCACUUUGAGGGAAAAAAAGUUGGCAUGUAUUGCGGUUUGGGCACUCUGGCUCAAAAAGGUUCGCCAUCACUGGUCUAGGGGGACUGCAUGACAAGCCAGGCAGUGCUCCUGCAAGGACCUCACAUCGCCACUAGAAGUGUUUCCUUAUUUAGGAAUGUGGCUGAAUUAAUGGUGGUAGCAACAAAUAAUUGCUGCCUGGGAGUGUAACACCCACUAAUCUUGAGACAUGUAUAUCCAAUUUCUGCCCUAAAAUUAAAACAAUCAAGGCCCUAGCCCUAACUCUAAUUCCAAAAAAUCAUGCAAUCUAAACUAUAUAUAAUGAUAAAUAAUGCCAUCCCGAGGUUCUUCCUCAACUAAUGUUAAAAAAAAAGAGAUAAAUUAGAAGGACUCAAUUAACAAGAAAAAAUGUCAGAUACUCACAAAAUUGCUGCCUCUGUCCAUGUAGAGGAGAACAGUCUCUAUACAAAGAAAAUAAGAGGUCCAAUUACCACAAAAUCACAUAAUCUAGCGUAGUACACAAAUCAUUGAGGUCCUGAGUACACAAAACCUACCACGUUGUAUGAGCAAAGACCUCUGGGUCAGAAACAUAUUAGGCUUUGGCUUCCACGUGUGGUGCAGUAUCUCGUGCCCAUGUUGUUCAUACUAAUAAAGUCGCAAUGAUUUGUGUACUCUGCUGAAGCAUGGUGUUUUUGUGGUGACCGACCUUGGAAUCCAGGCCUACCUAGCGGGAGGGAGAGUGUUCACUUUCCCACUGCAAUUUAUCUAUAAUGAUUUUGAAAUAUAAAAUUUUUUGAUUAUUCGAUAUUAUAGAGAUAUAAUCCAAUUAGUGGGACCAGGCACCAUCUAAAAAAAAAAAGCAUUGUGUCCUUUAAGGACUAUCUAAGAACAAAAUCACAACAAAUGUGCUAUAGUGGUUAUGGUACCAGGAGUACUCUGGCACCCCCUCCCACCAUGUAAGUUUUAAAAAACAUUUGUUCACAUCAGAGCUGUUUUAAUAUUUAUUUUACCACACAUUGUUGCAGUCACUUUGUGUUUUGUUGUUGCUGGUCACUUGGGAACUUUGUUGAUUAGUUCUUAUCAAUCACAAGGGGCACACUGUGUUUAAUAAGGAAAACACACCUCGGUUUCAAAUUUGAUGGCAUUCUUGGUACUUCAUCAAAGACAAAGUGUUGACCCAGCACACUGCUCUUUGUAUGCCCCAGCCAUAGUGUCUACUUUAUUUAAAGAAAGGCAAAUUCAUCUUUUUUCUGUGGAUCGAGGCGCAGCUCUGUGAAGCUCGGCGUUAGCAAAUUUAAGUGUGGAAAUGUAAGGACCCAAAUAUGGAGCUGCACAUGGCUCUCACAUUUAAUGUCACUUAUAUUAUACCAGGUACCAUAUCUAUCUAUCUGUCUAUCCAUUUAUAUAUCUAUCUAUAGAUAGAUAGCAACCAUUGCAUAUACAUUAUAUCCAUACCUUUAUCUCACAGACAGCCAAUACCUUUAUUUACUCUCAUGCUAGAUGGGUCAGGGCAGUGUGCAUAUGCCCUAAUAUAAAACACCCAAAUUAUCAGUCAUCCAACUAUUCACUCUUACUUGAAUAGGAUAAGACAGAAGGAGGUGUAAUCUUUAGUCUCAAGCUCCGUCAUGUGAGCUCUAUGCUGUUUCUGUCUACAUUUAUUGCUGGUGUGGCUGUGACCCAUGGGGAGGGCUGAAAGGGUUGCAAUUCGUGCCUUGGCCAUUAGUAUACAGGGGGUUGUGGGCUACAGCUUCAAAGUUCAAUGCUUCUACUGAUUAAAUGCAGGUGGGCUGGCUAUCAAAUUGUGCUGAAACAUGUAAUGCUGGCCAUUAUAGAAAGGUGUCAGACCAGUCAGAGUGAUUGGUUUGACCCCUGUCCACCCCCAAAGCGCCUUUAAUGGGGACGUGAGUGACACAAAUGGACCAUAGAGCAAUUGAAGAAGGUUGAUAUACGUAUUACUGACAUGUUGGCCUGAUGUAUACUUGUCCAGAGUGGAGAGGUCUCAAUGAAAAAUUGAUUGACAAAAAAUAAAAACCAACAGUUUGAUAUCUUACUCUGUUUAGCUUUUUUCAAUUUGUUUUAUCACCAAGAAAUGACAUUUGGCCAAAUCUAUCUCUCGAUUUAUAUAGAUCAUAAACAGAGCAAGCUAUGUAUCUCUGCUAGCCCUGGAGGUAAUAUGAUUCUGUUAUCCUUGGUGAGAAAACCAAAUAAUCUACCUCAUUGUUUUGUUCAAUCCCUUAGCUGUAACAGUAGGUUGGUUUAGAUCACUUGCAUUAGUGAUGGAUUCCAUUCCGUUUUUGUUUAGGCACAUGGCAAGCCAACUGGAUAGCUUUUCUGUUUAUGUACUCUGUGUAUAAUCUAUGUGCCUGCACACCUCCUGCAAGUGUAUCUUAUAACACUAAGACUAAUACCUGGGAUCAGAUUUUGGACAGAGAUUUAUGUGAGUUUUAUUUGAACAGCUGUGGAGCUGUAGUUGGAAACCUAGGCUUUUAACUGGAAGUCCUUUUAAUGAGGACCACACCAACCUUUUGUUCUUCUUAUGUCAUUGUAAUCCAUUAACGCUUAACCUUUUUUUUUUUUUUUCAAGUUCUCAAAUCCAGUAAAUAUCAUUAUCUUGGUGAACUAUUCUUUAGUUGCAAAAUUAGCUUAAUUACUCAUUCUUUAAGUGUUACAUAAUUAACAUUGAAUAAUGUUUAAUAUACAUACUGUAAUAAAACUUUCACAGAAUGAAAGAUGACUCUUUUGUAUAUGGAAUUUGUUUUGGCCCUUGAGUCCAGGGCUAAAUAAAUACUAUAGUGUUAGGAAUACAAACAUAUAUUUUUAAUGCAGUAGGGUUCCCCUACCUAUUUAGGGGUCUCUUGCCUGUGAGGGUUUGAAAGGUGAGUUUCAUUUACCUUUCUUCUCACAUUGGAGCCGCUUCACCUCACUGGCUGACAUUAUCAAGAUUGAUUAUCUCAGCCAAUCCAAUGCUCCCCUAUAAGCUAGUGCACCGGUUUGAACCAAUCAAAUAUUGCUCUAGAAGCAGCAUUUGUUUAAGAACUAGGUCUGACUCUGUUCUCUCAGGGGAAGCACCUCUAAUUGCUGUCAUUUAUGCCACUAGUUGUGCCUUUAGUUGUCCUUUUAACAAGUAUUAGUCUAAUCAUCUAAUGUAUAUAAUCAAAUACUGUGCUGUGAUAAAUUUGAACUUCAUAAUUUAUAUAUUAAUAUAUAGAAUAACUUAGUAACAAUGAUUAUUCUUCCUUUUUAUCUACAGAGUCAAUAAUCCACAUCGACCCCUGCUUAAAUGAAAGUAGAAAACUGUGGCUGAUUAGAAACCAAAUCAAAUAUUCGAGGGCAACACAGCACGUCUUCAACAGGAUUUAGGUAGGAACAGCAAGCAACGGACUUGCACUGUGCGACCUUCCUUUCUCUGUCGUCAGUUAAGCUCAACGUAAGAAGGAAGACUGACACAGAACUAAGACACACCCGUCUCUGAAAUGUACACAAGAUGGAACAAAGUGUGACAAAUAAAAGUUGGACAUUAUAUUUUCCUCAUUAACAUGUUUAUUUCUGUUUAUUUAUAGACUGGGUUUGUUCAACAUCUGUUGCUAAGCAGACUUAAACAUACUGAAAAAGGUGGGCCAUUUAUUACACCGUGUUACAAAUUACUACAUAUAAAAUUUACAAAGCAUCUGGUUUAUCUUCUAAAACAUUCUAUAAUAAUAUAUACUGCUGGUAAAUUACAUGAUGUGUGAGAUUAUACCAUAAAUUAUGUUGCCAAUUUUCCACAGUGUGUAGUUUUUGAGAUAUGCAAAUGUUUAUAUUUGGCUAAAAACACGCCUCUAGUGGCUGUCAGGCAGAUGGGCACUAGAGCUGCUUCCUCGUUGCAUCCUUCAAUUUUCAAAGAUCUUUGUUUUUGUCAUCAUUGCCCACAGCAUGGUGAUGCCAAACCCAGCUAAGGCUUUUUAUUGUAUUCAUUGUUUCUCUAUGAGAAGCAUUGGAUUGGUGUAUUGUGGCGAUGGCCACGUAUGCCCCAUAGGUCGGCAGUGUUUUUCUAUGCGAAAAAUUGAAUUGGACCAGAGAUUUAACUCCUGACUAUAUCAGUGCUGGAUUACAGGUAGUUUUUUUUUGUUUUGUUUUUUAUAUUAUUAGUUCAGAGCUUUUUUUUACGUGUUCCCUUAAGUGAAAAACCCCCAACCACCCUCCCCCGCCCCCCCCCCCAAAAAAAAGUUGGAUUUUGACAGUGCUGCAAAACAUAUUUUAUAAAUUGAUUUUAUAGAAAGUUUUGUUUUUUUACUUUGAAGAUAUGUUAUCUCUUGCCGAAAAUCUUUAUAUUACAGUUUUAAUAAGAAGCAAAAAUGUUAUAGAUAGAUUGAUAAGACACGACAGCCUGUGGAUAUAAAUUAUGUCUGCUGUAAAAUUAAAUAUAUUGAGUUUACAGCAAACUUACUUAGAGUAUAGGUAUUCAGCACAAUCACUGAUAGGUGUAUAUGAAAGGAGAACUCCAUUACCAUAACCACUACAGUCUGAUGUAAUGGUUAUGGUGCCAUGCAUGCUCUGUGAUACAGUAGGUUGCCAAAACAUUUGAGUACAAACUACAUUUUGUAGUUUGACAAGUUACCUACCAUCUGCUGCAUCGGACCUUUUACACUGUUCUAAUACAGUAUUAUAUAGAUUUCAGAAUUUUAAAGUACUUGUGCUUCAGACUGUUGUGCUUUUUGGUUGUGUGUGAACAUUUAUUUUAUAACAAUUCAAGUUAUUUUUAUCAGUUUAUAAAAGUAAACACGGGGGGCGGAGCCAACGGCACAACGAGGCAGUCGCCAUUUACAAAAGCUCUAUACGGCCAGUGCAAAAAUAACAAACAAAAGCACACCCACAGCCCAUCGACUAAAACUAACGACAAUCACAGAUUCCAGGCACCCUGCUGAACACGCAGAUGCCUUUUUUCCAACCGUCGGGCACGAAACGCCGCAUCAAGGGUCAGGGGGCCUAUCGCACACGCGACCAGUACCUCACCAGGGAGCUGACAGCGUGGCUCGGGCAGAGCCCACAACUCAUAGAGGCAGACUCCCACACAUCGGAAGAUAUGGGACGGAGGUCCAACAAACCAGCCGCAAGCACUUCCACGCCUAACCGGGACAUUAGCAGCAUGCUGCAGCACCCUCCACCUGCACAGGCCCGGGCUAACACGGCAGCCUCACCUCAGAGAUCUGAAGAAGACUCAGAACACAGCACAGCAGAGGCCAACACAGGCAACACAAAUACACAGGCUACUGAUGGAUUACCCCCAGCGACAAAACAAGACAUCCAGACCAUGCUGGCGGUACUCCAAGGUAACCUACAGCUAAUGUGGCAAGCAGACCUGAAGGGGCUGGCAGCAGAGGUACAAGCGGUAUCGGCCCGAACACAGGCCACGGAACAAGAAGUAAAAGACCUGAGCCAAGCCCUAAACUCACUAAAAGACACAGUUGCCAGAUGCAAACAGUACAGGCUAAAGUCUCCAGGUAAGUAAAUCUCCUAGACGACAGGGGUAGGAGGAAGAAUGUCAAGAUCAGGGGGGUAUCAGAAUCGGUGCCAUUGGAGGAACUACCCCACUUUAUAAGGCGCCUGGUGGCCUCACUCAUUCCCAACAGGCAGGCAAAACACGUUACAUUUGAUGACGUAUAUCGCAUAGCUAAACCCCUAAGGGCACCUAAGUCAGCCCCACGCGACAUAAUCUUACGAUGCCAAACCUUGACAAAUAAAAUAGCCCUAAUAACGGCCAUAAAAGGGAAAGCGCCCUAUGACUUUGAAACACAUCAAAUCACAUUCUUCCAGGACUUAUGAAGAGACACAUUAUCAUGGCGCAAGAGCAUGCAGCCUGUGACCACUACCCUGCAAGCAGCGGGCCUAGUAUACAGAUAGUAUACGCUGUGGGUGACCAAAGGCGAACAACACUAUAAAAUCACCAACGUGGAAGAAGGACCGGCCUUGCUGACCACACUGGGACUCUCCAACAACGCCAUAGGGGUGGACACUCUGCACCCAGGACCCGUGACAUGAAGCCUGGACUGGCCAAACAACAGACCUCCAGUUAUUGUUAUAUAUGUUUUUAAUGCUUAAGGUUCAUGUUCUACUCACUACACCAAGUUAUGUAUAACCUGUCUUUAUUUAGGCUCUCAUCUCUUACACCGGCAUGUCAUGCAUUAUCCUGUGCCUUUGAGGCAGUACAGCUGCACCCUGCCCCUCCCUCCCCCCCCCCCUCCCCCCAAUGCCUCAGGGUUAAGAGGCAUAGCAAUCGAUGGAGCACAUACUAGUCAAAAUGGCUAAACCUUUUUAAUUCACAUAGACCUCCUCCACAAUCCUAACGUACCCAACCCUAAGACAGCACAGACACCCAUACUCUGAAAUAUAAGCCACUCACACAUAGACAAAUCUCAAACUCCUAGCCCUUACUCUAGUAUCCAACUUUAUACAAACCGCACGGCCAAAAGGAACAGGAGGCUUACCAGCGCAACUCCUGUACCAGCACCAUAUCACCCUCGGUGCAACCCACUAAAUUCACACUAGCUAUAAUACCUACAGCCACCACUGGCACGGGCGAUCACAUCGUUAUGACUACCUAGCCCUAUAUAAGAAAAAUGUGCACAGAUAAUCUUAGCUCCAAUGGCAGGAUGCUUCGAUCACUGAUAUAUUUUAUGCAAUUGCUGAUGUGGCAUACUCAUACAAAGUCUGUAUCAUUAAACCGGCACUGAAAAAUAAAGAAUAAAAAAAAUAAAAAUAAAAGUAAACACUAAUUUAAGUGUAGAUCCGUUUUAUAGUUAAAAUCAAAAUAUAUUACAAAAAUGUUUUAAACAGAUGUGCCUGAAACAUUUAACUAGUAUUGUACAGUAAUAGUCCUUUUACUAUACAUAUUGAAGUACUGGCCCAAUGGCUUCCUUGCUGUUGUCUGCCGUGAAUAAAAUUCAUAACACAAUUGCUAAUAUUUUAUAAUGUCUGAUAUUUUUCAGUAUGACAUGAAAUAAAACAAAUUGUUAAAGGAAACUGAUCAGAAAUACUCUAAUUUGGAGAAACAUUCUUCUACUAAUAACUUUAAUAAUAAUUAUGUUAUUAUUAGCUACAGACUACUGGUAGAUUUUUGUUGUCCCCUGUUUAGAUCCAUUGAUCUAUGUGCGUAUUGUCUGUUUUUUUACGUACGUCCUAUAUAACAGGCUCCUCCAUUAUAAUAAAUUUAAAGGGCUGAGUGCACCCUGGGGUGUGAGUGACAAUGAGAGUGGGAAGGGCAAAAACAGGUCCACCUGGAUUCUGGGUAACAUUCCUGGGCUCAUAGUAUUGACGUGAGAGAAAGAGGAGGGGUAUGAAGGAUUUAUAGGUUUGUCACUGUUCACUGAGACAUUGUAAAAGUUAAAGAAACAAAACAGGAAACACGACAGAACCAGGUAUGUAAUCCAGGAAGCCAACGGUACUAGAUAAUGCAGUAAACCAGUGAUAGACUGUGUGUACUGUUCCCUGUAUGUAAGUAAUAAUUGUGAUGGUGUGUUCUGUAUGUGUUCAAUACUUUAGAACUGCCAUUUCAUCAGUGACAAUAGCCAUUUGUGCAAGGAUGGGUGCUGAUCAUUGUGUAAUAUAUUGUUAUGGAGUGUAACAGAGCUAGGCUGAUUGCUGUAGCGUGUGUAGGCAUAAGCAUUAGAUGGUUAUGUGAUUUAAUAUGUCUGUCAUUACUCAUUGUGGCCAUUGCUGUAGUAUUAAGUGUUUUUGGCACUGACAUUGUGAUAUUACAGUAAUAUAACUUAGAUCUGAUUACUGUUUCAGGUGUGUUGUGGGAACCGACCCUUUGUACUGAAUGAAAAUGUAUGUUUUGUCUGGCAUGUGAAUGUGUUUGCACAGUGUGCCAGAACAUGUAACGUUCACGCCGAUUGAUCUUUUAGGUGUAUGGGAAUUGGCACUGCAUUGUGUGAAAUUAUAAUGGAUUGCUUUGGGAAAACACACCUUUAUUAAAGUUUCACUUGUGUAUUUGCUAGCACUGCAAACCAAAAUAUUUUUUUGUAAAUUAUAUAUGAGCUUUGUAGUCUGCUCUACACUUGUUUCAAGUUGUAACUGUAUGGGGAUGGGCACUGAUUAGCUACAGCUACUGCUUGAUAGCCAUAUCCACAGGAAAGGGCUCCUAAAAUGUGUGCCUCUGGCUUCCAAUGAUUGAUAGACUAAGUUCUAUGGGUGUAGAUCUACCGUGAGUCUUAAACAGACAGUAACGGGUAAACACAAACUAACCUUGCAUAAAGCAGCAAUUGUGUUAUGGAAGUCUUUAUUUUCUGAAAAGUGUGUAUUUACUGGCAGUCCUAAAAAAAAGAACAAAAACAAGUUUAUUCUUAUUUAUGCAUUUUCUAAUCACUGAUAAUCACUAUAUUGUGACCGGCUGAAAUCGUCAGACAGCCACUCAAAAUAGAGCUUAAAAAUCCUGUUUUUCUUCAAUUUAUUUUUCUCUCUCUGAAGGUCUCCUGGGACUGGAUUAUAUGAUCAGAGAUAAGUUAAACUCUGACAGCUCAAUAGCAAUUAUUUCUUUGAAGUCUCUGGGAAAUAGCUAUUUAACAAUAUGAAUUUAUUGCCUGUCAUAUAAUCUACAGCUUAUCUUCUUUUACAAUAUAUGGACAUAUUGACAUGAUUAACCAUUCAGCUUCUGGAACUGAAAGACUGAACAUACAAACUCCAAGCACCAUGAUCAUUUUAAAGUACUGAAGUGGUUAUGGUGCUUAGAGUAAACUUUUUUUAAUUUCCGUAUUGCAAAGUGAAAAGUCACACUGCGCAAGGCAGUCUAAUCUUAGACUAUUACAUGGUGUGAUCCUACCCUGUGAAUCUCAGGGCCUGAAUCUCAGUGCAGCUCUUGGACCUGCACAUCUCACGUUGAUCGUAGUCAAAAUAAUAGGCUGAAGCAGCUGGGUCUCACUCAACCUAGAAUAUCACCCAGCAUUUUAUUUCACGUAUGUAAAACCUCUAUGAAAAGUGAUUUACACUUUCCUUGUUUGAUCAUCUGUUGUCAUUUUUCAGCUCCAAAUGGAUCCUGAAAUUUCGAUUCUUUACUGUAGUCCUAGCCCUCAAGGACUCCCACAGCGCCGAGUCCAUGUCCAGCUAUCUCCUCUCUACCAGAGACGCAAGCUUCCUCCCCCAUUAGAGGAAAGGAUUCUUUUGGAAUGGGAAGAGCGUCAACGCAAACAGCCAUGGGUCUUCAAUGGAGCAAAGUUCAGGCUUCAUUCUGUACAACCAGAAGAAGAAAAAAAUAAACAGACUUUAAAUGAAGAGAAAAGUAAAGAAAUGGAUAAUAGAGUGAGCGAUAUAUUAGAGGAGAAAAGAAGCAAGGAUAAUGAAGUGAGAUUAAAAGAGGAAGUUGACCAUGAAGCACGGGGAGGUCUUACACUCCAUCUUGCACUUACAUCCUACAGAGAUUUCUUGGGCACCAAUUGGUCUGGAGAGGCCACAGCUUUGCAGGAGAGAGGUGGUAUAGAACAUGGGGACACUGAAGCUUACCUGGCCCAACCACUGGGUGUAGGGGCUGCUUUACAAUGUCGAGAUGGACUCUUUGUUCUGCUGAGGAGAAGCCACAAAGUUGGAGAAGCACCAGGACUUCUUGAUGUUCCGGGAGGACAUCCUGAACCCAAGGUGGGAGAUAGAAACAAUAAUGUGGAGGGAAUGAAGUAGUAAUAUACUUAUUGUUGGAGACACGUAUAGAAAGUAAAUAUCAAAGAUAAUUAAUUGCUUAUACUUAUGAAGUGUCUCCUUCACUAUGAUUUUCAGGCUGUAGCCCCUAAUAUCCCAGAGGAGGAGCUGUCCUUGGAUGUUCUCCAGCCAGAGUUGGUCAUCAGAGAGCUUUUUUCAUCCAUCCUUGCAGAAAUACGGGAUGAGGUAUGAUGUUCUAUGGAUCAUAUGAUUAUUCACAAUUAUAUCACUGUAUUAUAACCUAAAAGUGGAGCAGCCCCCAUAGAAACCAAUUGAAUGUCACUGCCAAUUGCUCCAUGUUUAGAACUUUGCCAUAUAAUUACUAUUUAUACGCCCCAUAGAAUUACCGUAAUUCAAUUCCUCAGUGUGUUCUGUUUUAUAACUGUAUACUGCUUUAUAUACUGUGACUGAACAAUGCAAUGGGCCUACUGCUUUAAUACUAUGGCUUUGAUAAAUCAAUGGGCAGAGUUCAAGUAACAGCUCUCCAAGAGCUUUCUCCUCAGAAACAGAUAUCGCAUCUAUUGUUAUUAUAAACAGGAUAUUUAUUGUUGUUGUGUAUAUUCACUGUUUACGGAUAUUAAGAUCUCUGCAUGAACGUGGCACUAUGGGUAAUUAUACUGAAGAUGGAGAUCUUGGCAAAUAUCAACAAGUCUUACAACAGGGUGUUGCUGAUUAUUUAUUAUCUAAGUGUAAUACACAAUGUGAUAGCACGUUUUAUGUUGGUGCAAACUUUGUGUUCAGAAAGUUCGGGCAAUCUAGACAGCACUUUGCAAUUUAUUCAGUAUAAUAAAUUGAAUCAGUUCUGUAUCAGACGGUUGUACAAAUAUUUUAAUCCUGCAUUAGGCUUGCUGGCAAAAGCAAAAAAAAUGAAUAAAUCACCGGGUAAUCUGCAGAAGUGGCCACAUUAGUAAAAAAAACUGAAACUUAGCAUUUAGUAAUUAUAAAAAAACCCAGAGUGAAGAUAAGAGCUUCCAAAGCACACACAGAAGAGAAAAUAGCCCAGUCAGUAAAAAAAAAAAAAGGGGGAAUACAACAUUUUUGUUUACGUAAAUGAGAAAAGGAAAGUAAAACUAAAAGAAAGUAAGGAUUAGUAAGUCUAAAAACAAAAGAAGGAAGGUAUGUAGAAGAGGAUAAAGGUCUAGCUGACUGCCUCAAUUAAUAUUUUUGUUCAGUAUUUACAGAUGAAAAUCAGUUAGAAAAAUGGUUACAUGUGCCAUCGGGCAUACCAGGCAUUUGGGCCGUGAUGGCCAUGGGCUGAGGCCGACAGGGGAGAUCAGUGCAUCUCCCCUGCCGGCCCAUGCAGAGCCAGCGCUAUCAGAGCGCCGACAAACUAUCUCCCCACCGGCUCACAGGCACUCUAGAUAGAGCACAGAGCUCUAUCCUGCAGCUCUGCCGGGUUCCUCUCGCAAGGUUGCAUCCUUGCCGCGGUUACUAUGGCAACGCUCUGAUCUGGGGGGAGAGAGAGGACUCGGGGGAGCUCUAUCCUGCAGCUCCGCCGGGUUCCUCUCGCAAGGUUGCAUCAUUGCCGCGGUUACUAUGGCAACGCUCUGAUCUCGCAAGAGUCAUCUCUACCCCAGGAACUACAGGGAAGAGUUCACUCCUCUCCGGACCACCAGGGAUAUCCUACCAGACCACCAGGGCUGGCAGCAAGGUCCCCCCUCCCAGGCAAAGUUAAGAAGGGAGGGGGGACAUAAAUAUAAUAAUAAUAAUACAAAAUAUAUAUACUUUUUAAAAUACACAUACAUAUUUUUCUAUUUUUACCCCCACAGCACUCCAAACACCACACUGCACCCCUCACAUGCACACUACACCCCUCACAUGCACACACUACACCCCAUACAUCACACUACACCCCAAACAUCAAACUACACCCCUCACACACACACUAUGCUCCAAACACCACAGAACACCACAUAGCACCCCAAACACACACACACACACACUGCACCUCAAACAUACAGUGCACCCCUCACACACAGUGCACCCUUCACACACACACUGCACCCCAAAUACACAAUGCACCCCUCACACACACUGCACCCCUCACACACACACACUGCAUCCCUCACACACACUGCACGCCUCACACACCCUGCACCCCUCACACACCCUGCACCCUUCCCACACACAGUGAAACCUUCACACAUACACAGUGCACCCCACACAAACGCACUCUUCACACACACACACACACUGCACCCUUCACACACAGGCAGUGUGCACCCUUCACACACACACGCAGUGCACACCCUGCACCCUUCACACACACAGUGCACCCUUCACACACCCAGUGCACCCCUACACACAUUACAUUCUAUGCACACACACACUACAUCCCUUUUACACACACACACACACUAGAUCCCUUAUACACACCCUAGAUCCCAUACAUAACUAUGGACCUCUACACACAUACACACUAGAAUCACUAUACACACUCUGAAUCCUCUGCACACACACACUAAAUCUCCUAUGCACACUCUGGGUUCUCCACACACAGUAGAUCCCCUACAGGCACACAAUGCACCACCUACACACACUACAUUAAUGACGUACACACUCUUGAUCCCCUAUGAACACACUAGAUCCCCUGUAACCAAACACACACUACUUUCUCUAAACACACACACUUUACAAGCCCUACACACACUACAUCAUCUAUACACACAUACACUACAGCCCCUAUGCACACACUCACUACAGCCCCUAGCCAUACUUAUUACACCACAAACACAACACAACUGAAACCGACAUUUACACAAAACACCACACCACAAUAAACUAACCUUACACAUACUCAAUCCCACAAGCAGGCUCUAAACAUAUGUACAAUAUGCUUUCCUUUGGUAUCCCACUUCUGGAGACACCGGAGACAUGUCACAAGCAAACACAGCGCAAGCAUGUUAAUAAAUUUGCUUGCGCUGCAUAGAACAAAUACUGGGCUCUGCGUAUUAAACCAACACGCUCACUUUGAGAAGGGGUGUGCUUGUGACAAAACACCCCCCCUCUCUGGCCCGCUCCCUUCUCAGUGGGCCGCUGUGAUUCAAAAAUGUCCGGCCCUGCAUGUAACCAUGUAAAUUGUUACAUGUGGAAGAGGUUCUAUUUCAGAUUCUAAUUCACAAGAAAGGUAGUAGGGAGGAGUCGGGCAACAAUAGGCCAGUAAGCCUUCUGUAGUGGGGACAGUGAUGGAAAUCAUGUUAAAGGAUAGGAUUGUUAAACAUCUAAAAUCACAUGGAUUUCAAGAUCAGAGACAGCAUGGGUUUACUUCAGCGAGAUCAUGCCAAACUAAUCUUAUUGAUUUUUUGAUUAAAUAACUAAAAUAAUAGAUCAGGGUGGUGCAGUAGACAUUUCUUACCUAGAUUUCAGUAAGGCUUUUAACACUGUCACAGAUAGAAGGCUUAUCAAUAAAUGGCAAUCUUUGAGUUUGGAUUCCAAUAUUGUUGAAUGGGUUAGACAGUGGUUGUGUCAAUGGAGUAUUUUUUAAAGCAACCUGUAGGGUACCUCAAGGAUCUGUACUUGGACCCAUUCUCUUUUAUAUUUUUAUUAGUGAUAUUGCAGAAGGUCUUGAUAGUAAGGUAUGUCUUUUUGCUGAUGGUACAAGGAUUUGCCAGAUUGAUGUUCCAGGAUGGAUAAGCCAAAUGGCAAAUGAUUUAGGUAAACUUUAAAAAUGGUCAGAGCUGUGGCAACUGACAUUUAAUGUGGAUAUGUGCAAGAUAAUGCAUCUUGUGCGUACAAACCCAAGGGCAGAGUAUAGAAUAUUUGAUACAGAAUUAACCUCAACAUUUGAGGAAAGGGAUUUAGGGGUAACUAUUUCAGAUGACUUAAAGGUAGGCAGACAAUGUAAUAGAGCAGCAGGAAAUGCUAGCAGAAUGAUUGUUUGUAUAGAGAGAGGUAUUAGCAGUAGAAAGAGGGAAGUGCUCAUGCCAUUGUACAGAACACUGGUGAGACCUCCCUUGGAGAAUUGUAUGCAGUACUGGAGACCGGCAUAGGGAGCUAUAGUGCCAGCAAUACAGUUUUGUAUUCCUGGCACUAUAGUAUACCUUUUAUCCUGGAGUGGUCCAGAGUGUUGAGACUACAAAGUUCCGAGAUUUCCAACUGCUUGAUGUGUUUGCUAGACGGGUGCCUGCACUGUGUGCAAUCUACCUAGCAGUACUGAGGCGCUGCUGAAGAGAUAUGGGAUAUAUAGCUACCUGUUCUUUCAGUGUCUCAGGUGGAACAUUAGCCCUCUCUGUAACUUUGCUCACAUGCACUGUACGUGGCCUUAGAAUGGAUGAUGCAAAGAGCAAAGAGAGGAAACACUGUAAUAAUCUCUCAGACACCUUCACUAUUCAGCCAGAGAUGAAAUCCCUCCAAAGGGGAUCAUAUUGUGUUAAGAAAUAAAUUGUGUGUGUAUAUAUAUAUAUAUACCAUAAUUGUGAGGGUAAAGGUUAGACUUUGAGACAAAUUGACAAGUGAGAUAUGGAUAUGGAGAAGGAGGGUUCUUUAUUCUAUAUCAGUUUUAUUGCUCAACUAAUUUCUGGGUCUGGCAGUGUUUGGUGCAUCUCAUUGUGUUUCAAAGACAGACACAGAACCAGAAAGGCAACACAGAAUACAAGACUGAGACAGACAAAGAGAAACAGAUUUAAACUAGAAUAGAAAAAGAAAGACUGAGACACAGAGGUGUGACAGGGAAAAGAAUGAGGGACAGAACCAAACAAGCUAAAAUGAAAAACAAAUACUAAGAAACCGACCCAUAGAAAGACAUACAGUGUGGAGUUGACAAGGCUGUUUGUUAUUAUUUAAAUAUGUACAUUUUGUUUUUACUUGUGCGUUUGGUCUGCCCAUUUAGACUUUUUUUUGUCAGAUUUGACCCUCUGUAUUAAAAUGUUUCAUACUCCAGCACUGGACAAAAAAAGUUAUAAACUUUUGAAAUAUAAUGUUUGAUUAUUUUUAGAAAAUUAAGGGAUACAACAGAUACAAUCAGAUCUCCGGGUAGUAAAUGUGGAGCCAUAAACAAUCUAGAGAAGCAAGGCAAGCUAUACACUAAAAUUGAAUCAUACCAUGUAAUCUUGCUAGGAAUAGUGCAAGACGAAUAAGGACCAAGACAAAGUACGAAAUUGGAUGGAAUUUUCAUACAGUGACUUUCUCAACUUGAGAAAUGUAUAGUAGUGAUACACAAUGUGACCACUAGAUGUCAGUAUUGCAUGAAACUAACUGUUCCUAGAGGUUUUUUUUUUUUUACUAUCAACAAAAUAAGUCUAGCUACAUUUAAUUUAAUUAAUCCCUACAAAUUUUGGUUUUAUUUUUCUUUUCAGGUUAAUCUGCCAUUGUCAACCCUCAGUGAUCCACUCCUUUUGGGCAUUGCCCGCAAUCAUACUAGUGCUGGCAGACCAAGUGCUGAAUUUUAUGUCAGGUAACAAUUGCAUGUGUGUAUUACUAUAUCUAUAUCACUAUAUUAAAAUCUUGCUGCCACUAAGCUUGUGUACUUUUGUGAUCAGGUGCAGUCUAAGCUCAGAAGAAGUGCGGGAAAGGUACUUGGAGGGAGGACCCGAGGCUCAGGAAUCUACUGAUAUAAUAUUUAUUGAUAGAGAGGUAAGAACAUCUCUUUUCAUAUAAGAAUUAUUCAUUAUGUAAGUAGGCUUUUAUUGCUGAAGUGCCAAAAAGCAUACACAGUCUGGGAUCUGCACCUUACAAGAUUAAACUGGGUAGGGUACUGGAAUUCGUAUGAAUGAUAAAGGUCCACAUUGGUCCACCAGAUUUCAAAUAAUGUGGUUUAUCAAUGUUCUAUCCUUAACUGACUUAAAAACACUAGACUUUGGUAAAAAUAAUGAGGAUUUAGUUACAGUAUAUGAUUGUACAAUGCCGCAAUGCCAGUGUACCCCGAUGUUAGCUUCUAAGUUAUAGCACUUAAUAUCUGCACCUAUAAGAGUAACCCACUUUCCUGGGACAUCUAUCCACCUUGGGCUCAUUGCAGUUCAAGGUUUAAAUAGGACAUGGAAACCAAGAGUUUGUGGUCAAUGCUUCCAUAGUAUAUAUAGAACAGAAAUGCUGCACUUGGACCCAAAACUGUAUAGUCCAUGGUUGUUUUUUGGCUAUUGGUCCUUAACACAGUGAGAGUAAGAGAGAGAGAGAGUGUGUGUUUAUACAUUUGUGAAUGAAAUGCCUCGCAAUUUGAUUAAAUCCUAAGUUUAUAAAAAUAGCCUACAUACAUAAGAUAUGCAUAUUUUAUUUUUAGUUAAAUCUCUAUUUUAAUAUGUGCCAAUUUCUAUAUAAUGUACAGAACAUCUCUUUAAAUGUAAUCACUUACUAUCAUUGGAAGAACGUCAGCAUAAUAUCUAAAUAAACUGACGUUUUCUUGAACCCAGAUACUAUCUAUCUAUUUUACUGACAGCCACUAUCUCAUCAAAAUUAAAACUUGCCUUAGAUAAGUGUAAAGGACAAAGUCAAGCUAAUAACUAGAAAAUCUUAAUGCAUUCUGUAAGAAAAUAAACAUAUAUAAAUAUUUGGGGUCUGGGACAGAGGUCGGAAAAUAGAGCAAAGUCCAUUGUGGUGUGCCAAAACCGACGUUCGGGUAAGCCUGUAAAAAAAAGUGGGCCCACCAAGGUAGUGACUGAGAAUAGGGAGCAUUGGGUGGAAUGAAUCAAACAGCAACGGUAAGAUGAGGGGACAAGCUGAGUUUAAAUAGCCGGGUAAGCUGUCCCACAACUCCGGCCACAGCCUUAACAUUUGUGGUUAAGGACAAAGGACAAGAAAUAGUGCAAAAGUCAGUUGUGGUGUGCCAAAACUGACGUUUGGGUAAGCCUGUAAAUAAAGAGGGGUAAAGAUUUCCAAGAUGCACACUUUAUUAAAUUUUACAAAUUAGCCAAAUUCUUGAAUGCUUGUCUCAGCUCUUUAUUGGGUUAAGGUAUAUAUCUAUUAUAUGCAGCGAAUUUCCAGUUUCCUAAUGUUUUAAUUAUAUGUACUGGAAUAUUCAUCAUAGAAGAAGCCGAUGCUGCACUGCUUCUAAAUUAAUGUCCUGUUAAUGUGGAAGGGUUGAAACCAAGUCUUAUAAAGAGAGUCCUCAUGUAAAAAAUGAUGAGUGAUAAUGUGAGUGGUUUAUCAUGCAGAUUCAAAAGCGGUAUUUUCCUUGAACAACCUGUGAGUGUGCAGCAGUAUUGAGCAAGUACUUUUACUGCGCACAAUUUCGGUAGGAUAUAGGGGAAUUUCUACCAAAUGGCCCAUUUGAUUUGUUUUAGUACGCCUUAGCCUGAGUACAUAAUGAACCCCUUUUUUAUUAAGAUCUUCGAUUUUUAGACACAGAGAUGAUUUGGAUAACGUUUCUAUUGUAAAUUAUUUUAAGUGUAAGAAACUGUAAAAAGUGUCUGCCUUAAUUAUCUUAUUGGUGUGAGUUUCAAACAGGUGAUUGUCUAAUAUAUCUGAAAGUGCUCCAAAUUUAGGCCCGUUAAUAGGUUAUCAUUUGGGAGUUUGGGGGCAGUCUACUCAUUGUAUGCCUUUGAGAAUGUUUUAUGGGAUAAGAAGGUAUGUUAUUCGUGUUUUAUCAUUGGUUCUUCUAAAGAUAGAAUGAUUUCUAUAUAUCUAAUUUACAUUAUAAACCUAAUAUGAGUCUAACCAAUUUCAAGUAUCAAGAACAAUGUUAAGAAGUAGUGGUGAGAGAGGGUUUCCAUAUUAGACACCUCUGCCCAUAAUUUGGGGGAGAAUUAUAGGCCAUAGGUGUUCAUCCUUGUGGAAAGCUCAUUGUGCAGAGCCAACAAUAGUUUUUGAAUGGAAUAUCAAAGAGAUGGUAUGUUAGAAUUCUCAUCAAAGGAGGACAGUCCCACUUUUAAAAUUAGUAUUUAAUAUUACUUAAACUCACUAUAUAUAUAUAUGUCAUUCUUUUUUCUCUGCAAUGUAGAAAGGAGGGUAAAAUUACAGCAUUUAAUAGUACGGGCCAAUUAGUUUAGCAAAUCAAACCAUUUUCUUUUCUGCUUAAAAUUCUAAUUAUUCUCAGUCCUCAUUUAAUUGUCAGGAAAGCCCUGUGAUAUCAUAGCUGCAGCAUCUACUAUAUUUUAAUUAAAGUAGCUUUUCUGAGAAUUACACUAGACAGUUUCAGAACAUGACCUUUUGUUCUAGAACAUGCAGAGUAUAUUCUGUUAAGUAAACUAAUAUAUUUAGAUCAUUUGAGUAUUGUAGUUAUCUUGCAGGCUGCUCAAGGCAAUCCACUGAGCAUCUCUCUCUUGCUCCUAGGCAUGAAAUUAAAAUAUUGUAAUUUAAAAAUAUAUAUUUUAUUCAACUGUCAAGUUUGUUUAUUCUACAUUUGUGCACUAAGCAGUCAAAUGGAUUUCGGGAGAAAAGCACUAUAGAAGAAUAUAUUUUUAUUAUUAUUAUUCCCCAUUUUGACUAUAAUCAGCAGGACCGCAAUCAGCUAAGUGCCAAUGAUUGCAUACAUGCAGCCACAAGCAACAUCCACAGACUAUAAUUUCAUGUGGAUUAUUGUCACCUUACGUACAAUAAUUGCUUUUAUGGCAGCUUUUCACAACUCCUGCCUUGAAGGAAAGUUAAAAGAAUAAGUUUUUAAUGGAUUUUGUGAUUGCAAACCUGACAAAUCCCAUUUUUGUGAUGCUGUAGUAGAUUGUAAAUGUGCCAAUUUAGUUUACUCAGUGUACCUAACGUAACCCGUCAAUAACCAAUAAGUGUUUAAAGCCCCCCACAAAUCAAAACUACUGCUAAAAUGUAUGAGAACAGCUGUGCACAUAUCUUCUCCCCCAAAUGAUUGCACAUAUGAUGUAUUAUGGGAUACCAUGUAUGGUAUGUUGCGGGUGGGUGACUGCACAUGUUGCUGCUUCUAUCUGCCAUCUUGGAGGAGGCAGGCGUGAUCUCAAGUUUAGUAUUUUUUUUAAUCAAUAUGUUUGCUAGCGAUUUUGCCAGCACAUCAUUUGUGUGUAUGAACUAUAAGCUAUCAUACACAUGAUUUACUAAUAACAGAGUCAGUACUAAUAACAGAGUCAGUUCAUCAAUGAGUGCUUCGGUGACUAUAAACAUUGAUUUAUAAAUGACUUAACCCUUUAAGGAUUGGACUGUUUUUGCGAUGUUGUACAUUUGCGACCAGGCAUAUUUUUACACUUUUGUGGUGUUUGUGUUUGGCUGGAAUUUUCCGCUCUCUCAUUUACUGUUCCCAUACAAAUUAUAUAUUGUUUUUUUCAGGACAAAAGGGGCUUUCUUUACAUACCAUUAUUUAUAUAAUCUCAUGUAUUUUAAAGAAAAAUCUUUUACUCAUCUACAAAAGCGAAUGAAAAAAACUGCUACAUAGAUUCAAAAUUUUGUCCUGAGUUUAAAAAUACCCCGUGUUUACGUGCUUUUUUGCUUUUUUUUGCAUGUUAUAGGGCUAUAGGUACAAGUAGGAUAUUGCGGUUUCAAAACAUACAUUUUUAAAAUUUAUCAAUAGUGACAUUGUAACACUAUUAUCUGUCAUAAAUCUCUGAAUAACACCCCACAUGUACAUAUUUUUUUUAAAGUAGACAACCCAGGGUAUUCAAUAUGGGGUAUGUCCAGUCUUUUUUAGUAGCCACUUAGUCGAAAACACUGGCCAAAGUAAGCAUUCAUAUUUGUUUGUGUGUGAAAAAAGUAAAAAAACUAAAUUGAACGCUAAUUUUGGCCAGUGUUUGUGACCAAGUGGUUACUAAAAAAGACUGGACAUACCCCAUUUGCAAUACCUUGGGUUGUCUUCUUUUGCAAAUGGUAUGCCAUCAUGGGGUAAUUCUCAUUCCUGGGCUACCAUACGCUCUCAAAGGCAACGUAACCAACCUGGCCAUUUUCAAUGUAAAAAUAUUUGACCCAUAUAUUUGACCUUGUAACUUUCAAAAAUGUUAUAAAACCUGUACAUGGGGGGUACUGUUUUACUCGGGAGACAUCGCUGAACACAAAUAUUAGUGUUUAAAAACUGGAAAACGUAUCACAACAAUUAUAUCAUCAGUAAAAGUGCUGUUUGUGUGUGAAAAAUGCAAAAAAAGUAACUUUCACUGACAAUAUCAUCGCUGUGAUAUGUUUUACUGUUUUGAAUCACUAAUAUUUGUGUUCAGCGAAGUCUCCCGAGUAAAACAGUACCCCCCAUGUACAGGUUUUAGGGUGUCGUAGAACGUUACAGGGUAAAAUACAGUGCUAGCAAAUUCAAUUCUCUGGAAUUUCGGCCUGGGUUGGCAGGCAGGUCCCUCAAAUUGCAAUCAAUAAAAUUACUGAAUUAUGUAAAAAUAUUACAUAAAUACGCACGUAGAAUUUAAAUAUAUAUGCAUAUUUAUAUAUUUGAAGUCUACGUGUAUAUUUAUAUAAUUAUUUAUGUAAUUUUGUAUAUGGACAUAUGUAUAUUUCUUAUUAUUUUUAUUUAUUUUUAUAUACAUAGAUAUAUAUACAAAUUCAUUCUAAGUGUAUUUUGAUAUAAAUAUAUAUAUAUUAAUUUUAAAAAUACAGUUAGAAUAAAAUUUCUUAUAGAUAUAUAAAAAAAAUUAAAAUUUUUAUUAUUAUUUAAAAAAAAUUAUUUAAUUUAAAUUACUUAUUAUUUAUAUUUUAUAAUAAUAUAUAUAUAUACAAUAUAUAUAGUUAUUAUAUAUAUUAUAUAUAUAUACGUGUGUAAUUUAAUUAUAAGUGUAUUUUUAUAUUAAUAUAAGUACAUAUUAAUAUAAAAAUACACUUAGUAUGGCAUUAUAUAUAUAUGAUAUAUAGACAUAUAUAGACAUAUAUUAUAUCAAUAUAAUAUAUCAUAUAUACACAUAUAUAAUUAUUAUUUUUUUAUUAACAUUAACUUUAUUUUUUUAAAUGAUUUUACACAUGCAGGGAGACUGCCUGUCAGCACAGACAGUCCCCCUGCAGGCAGACACUAGGACACCCAUUGUGACCAUGUGAUCGCUGUGUUGAGCGAUCACAUGGCCCCAGGGGUCCUAAUUCAGUAUGGGGAGACUGUCUGGGCUGCAGGCAGUCUCCCCACAACCGGAGCCACGCUGAUCGCCGCCGGGGGAACGACGGCGAUCAGGUAAGAAACGGAGACCGUUAGGACGGUUCAGGACCGUCAUCGGUCGGCAACGCAAAAAUGCCGAUGACGGUCCUGAACCGUCCUCGGUCGCGAAGGGGUUAAAAAAGAAAAAAAUGAUGUAACUGUCUCUGUAUGUGUCUUUCUAGGAAAUGCUGAAUCUUGAACAGUCUACCAUGUGGAGAGAGCUCUGUCCGUCAGCGAAGGGUUGCGUGAAACUGUACCUCUUAGUUCGAGAACAACAAUCCUGA